AUGACUCUUUGGGGGUUUAGGCGGUCAACAGUCAGACGGUUGAGCGACCUCUGCUUCCAUUCAGAUUCCGAGGGUGUAAAGUAUCUCAAUAAUUAUAGACACGAACAAGAGACACAAAUAUUGGCAGAGUUCUUGCAAACCCUUCCAGACAAGCCGCAAUACCCCAAACGAACCAGUAUUGAGAAGAAUAUUGCAGAAAUAACCACACUAUCUGGAUGGAAAACACCACAGUACUAUGAGCAUUUGGUUAGAAGUCGAGGAAAGAUGCCUCAACCCCCAUCAAAUAUGACGUAUCGAGGAUUCCAGCGAUACCUCUUGAAAUUAUCUCUGCGUAAUGAUUGGACCACCAACCAUAGUAGAAGGGAAAUAUGGAAUUUCAUUGACGGAUUUCUACGAAACGAAAGGAACAACGGCUAUCAAGUAAUACUAGGAGAAGACAAUCCGGAAGAGAUAUUAAACCCAAUAUUAUGGUGGCUCGUAAAGAAUGAAGAGAGAGAUGCCGCUAGUCAGAUGAUCAGGCAGAUAUACAACAGAUUGAAGGAGGAGAGUAAGAGAAGUGUGGAAUUCUAUAACAUAUUACUUGCAGGAGCAGGUGGGAUGUGCCGAUAUGGCAAGUGGUUUUAUUUGGAUCGACUCUUACGAGAGAUGAUAGAAGAGAAGGUAGAGGCCAAUGACCUCACUGCUCAAUUGCUGUACAUGUGGAUUCCAGAUUGGGACAUAAAAGUUGAAAUGUUGGGAAUGGAGAAGGUACAAUUAAAGAAGAACGGAGAUGCAAUAAUGGAUAGGAUCUGCCUUGAAGGGGGUAUAUCCGAAGAAGAAAAAGGAGAACGGGUAUCGAGUGACAACCAGAUCAUUGAAAUUCCUGCUAUCUACGAAGGAAAAGUCAAUUUAAUGUUGAUGUCGCAGUCAUCCUUGGAUGUCGAUCGAACGGUGCAACUCUUACAGGAACAGAUACUAGCAGGAUGGAGGCCGAACUUGCUUACUGUGGAUAUUGUUACGAGCAUGCUCGAACGUAUAUUAGACUAUGUGAGCUGUGUUAAAUGGCUCUAUUUUUGUGAACGGAAAUACGGUCUAAAGGUGGGUCCAUGGGUGUCGCACAUUGACAGUGUGGUCGCCGAGAGAUAUGCGGGGGGUAAAGUUGAUACGAAGGUGUACGAGGCAGGACAGAUAGGAAAGACAAUCAACUUAUUAAGGUGGUGGCGCCUUUCGGGCAAUGGAGAGCUAUUUGAACAGGAACUGAAUGCUGUGGAAAGUAAUACAUUAUAUAAAGUACUUCUGCACGUGCAAUAA